AACACGGCUGAGUUAAUGGAUCUAUUGGCGUAUUGUAAAGAAACCGAAACGGUCACGUUGCGGCAAUUGGAAAAGGAGCUUGGUGUAGUUUUGAAAUACAUCAUAUUUCUGUCGGACCACACACUGUUCACGCCAGUAGAAAUAAAGCAUAACAACACAGCGUUUUUGUGGAACAUACGAAUGCCGAAAGUUAUAGAAGAGCACAGGCAAAUAGUUGACGUUAAGGUAGUCGAAUUUCAGCAGUUGCUCAAUGUUAGAAUUCAAAAAUUCAAAGACGAUUUGGAUAUUUACGCAAAAAUGGUUGAUCAACUGCAGUACAAUGGCAAUAUAGAUGAUCUGCCCAAAUAUCACAAGAAAGCGACACAAUUGGAUAACAGGCUGAUACUUGCUAUGGAAAGAAUAGACGGUUUCAAUACGGAAGAAGGAGCGUAUGGUUUCGAGUUAUCCCAGUAUCCUCUGCGAAAGCAAAUUCACGACAAGUUAUCACCGUUCAAAAAGCUGUACGACCUUUCCAUGGACUUCAUUAACCAACAUCACAAUUGGAUGACAUCAAAAAUUGGUUCUUUUGAUCCCGAAAUGAUCGAAACUGAAGUCGGGACGUGUUAUAGGAACAUUUAUAAACUCGAAAAGGUAUUCAGCGACAGACCGGCGGCACAGGAACUGGCAACGAAAGUUCGAAUCAAAGUGGAAGAGUUUAAGGAGCAGUUGCCUAUAGUUCAAACUCUUGGCAAUCCUGGAAUGAAGGAGAGGCAUUGGGAGCGGGUUUCCGAAGUUGUCGGUUUUCCUAUUGUUGUCGACGAGGACUUGAGCUUGCAGAAGAUCAUCGGUUACGGUUUGGAAGAAUUCAUACCCAAAUUUGAGGCGAUAUCGGAAGCGGCGACAAAGGAGAAUAAUCUCGAGAAACACUUGAACAAAAUGAUAUCGGAAUGGGUUGAGAUUGAAUUUAGCAUUUUGAUCUACAGAGAUACGGGUACGUAUAUUUUAUCAUCGGUUGACGAUAUCCAAGUAUUGCUGGAUGACCACAUUGUGAAGACGCAAACAAUGAAAAAUUCGCCCUAUAUUAAACCUUUUGAAAAGGAAAUUAUCGCUUGGGAAGCCAAACUGGUGUUGCUUCAAGCAAUUCUGGAUGAAUGGUUGAAAGUGCAGGCGACUUGGAUGUAUCUGGAACCGAUCUUUUCGUCACCAGACAUUCAGCAACAAAUGCCGGAAGAAGGGCGUAGAUUUAGUGCCGUAGAUAAGAUAUGGCGCGACAUCAUGAAGAUUUGCUUCGGUGAGCCAAGAGUUAUGAUGGUUGUCGAAAUAGACAAAAUGCUGGAACGUCUUUCGAAGUGCAACAAUCUUUUAGACCUGAUCCUCCGCGGGCUAAACGAGUAUCUAGAAAAGAAAAGGUUGUAUUUCCCUCGGUUCUUCUUCUUGUCUAACGACGAGCUGUUGGAGAUAUUAUCUGAAACUAAGGAUCCUACAAGAGUUCAACCGCACCUGAAGAAGUGCUUCGAGGGCAUUGCAAAAUUAGAAUUCACCGAAGAAUUGGAGGUGACCAAAAUGAAAUCGAGCGAAGGUGAGGAGGUUCCCUUGGUCGACGUAAUUCGAACAGCGGACGCGCACGGGCAGGUCGAGAAAUGGUUGCUCGAACUAGAAACAGAUAUGAAGAAAUCAGUGCACAAGAUGGUCGAAGGCGCCAUUACUGACUAUCCCAAGCGUCCUAGAGAUAGCUGGGUCCUACUUUGGCCCGGACAAACGGUGCAAAGUGUAGCAAUGACGUAUUGGACUACAGACGUCCAUCAGGCAAUCACAGUUAGCCUGGAUGCGAUGGAAGAAUGUUUAGAACAAAGCAAUUAUGAAAUAUCGAAAGUUGUAAAUUUAGUUCGAGGGAAACUGAAUCCACAAAAUCGAAUUACUCUUGGAGCGUUGGUAGUUCUCGAUGUGCACGCUAGAGACGUACUCUCGGAGCUAAUUGAGUUGAAAGUCAAAUUUAUUACCGAUUUUCAGUGGUUGUCACAAAUUCGUUAUUACUGGGAGGAAAACCAAAUGGCGACACGAAUGAUCAACUCUACUUUGAUGUAUGGCUACGAGUAUUUAGGUAAUGUCGGUAGAUUGGUGGUGACUCCUUUGACAGAUCGCUGCUUUCGAACCCUCUUUGGCGCGUUACAUUUGCAUUUAGGUGGCGCACCCGAAGGUCCCGCAGGUACCGGAAAAACCGAAACGACAAAAGAUCUGGCGAAAGCGGUCGCGAAGCAGUGCGUGGUGUUUAAUUGUUCGGACGGUUUGGAUUACCUCGCCUUGGGGAAAUUUUUCAAGGGUUUGGCAUCGUGUGGAGCGUGGUCGUGCUUUGACGAAUUCAACAGGAUUGAUUUGGAAGUACUCUCAGUAGUCGCCCAGCAGAUACUAACCAUUCAACGCGGAAUCAAUUCAGGUUCUGACAAGAUGGUAUUUGAGGGCACGGAAUUGAAUCUCGACCCCACGUGUGCGGUCUUUAUCACCAUGAAUCCGGGAUACGCCGGGCGGUCAGAAUUACCCGAUAACUUGAAGGCACUAUUUAGAUCCGUUGCGAUGAUGGUACCGGAUUACGCUUUAAUCUCUGAAAUUGAGCUGUACUCUUACGGUUUUCUAAACGCGAAGCCGCUGGCAGUUAAAAUUGUCGCCACCUACCGUUUGUGCUCAGAACAGUUAUCCUCACAGUGCCAUUAUGACUACGGAAUGCGAGCGGUGAAAUCUGUAUUGAGAGCCGCGGGUGCUUUAAAAUUGCGCUAUCCGGACGAAGAGGAAGACAUACUAGUUCUACGUUCAAUUAAAGACGUAAACUUGGCAAAGUUCCUAAAUCAAGACGUUCCUCUAUUUCAGGGAAUUACAUCGGAUUUGUUUCCGGGAGUCGAACUACCUCCUCCUGAUUACGACGUUUUUGAUGUGGCCGUCAGAGAUACGUGCGAGCAGUAUAAUUUACAGUGCACCCCAUUCUUCUUGGAAAAGACGCAGCAAUUGUACGAAAUGAUUGUCGUACGUCACGGACUUAUGCUUGUCGGUUUACCGUUCGGCGGAAAGACUCGGUGCUAUCGCGUAUUGGCGGACGCGCUAGGCUUGAUUGAGGAGAGGGGUGGAAUGGAUGAGCAUAGAGCGAUAUAUACUGUCAUGAAUCCUAAAUCAAUCACGAUGGGCCAAUUGUACGGACAAUUUGAUCCGGUGUCUCACGAAUGGUCAGAUGGUGUUCUGGCUGUCAACUACCGAGUGUACGCCAUGUCAACUACACUGGAAAGGAAGUGGUUGCUUUUUGAUGGACCAGUCGAUGCCAUCUGGAUUGAAAACAUGAACACAGUGUUGGAUGACAACAAAAAAUUGUGUUUGAUGUCUGGGGAAAUAAUUCAGUUGGCAAAUACCACAAAUCUCAUAUUUGAGCCUAUGGAUUUGGAAGUCGCUUCUCCUGCUACGGUAUCACGUUGUGGUAUGAUAUAUCUGGAGCCCUCAACAUUGGGUUGGGAACCACUUCUAACGUCAUGGAUAAACACUCUUCCCCCACUGCUGUCUGAACACCACACGGCAAUGGUUAAUAACAUGUUUCUGAGAUUCGGCCGAGCACUCUUGUGGUUUGUUCGCAAAGGAGGCGUGAAGGAACUGGCGACGACUUCCGACUCUAAUCUGAUGGUUUCCGCCAUGAAUUUGUUCGACUGCUUUAUGGACGACUUCCUCGACGAAGCCUUUAUGGGGCAAACAUCAGACCUAGACGUUCGAGCUCAGUUGGAAGGCGCCGUAUUUUUCUCUUGCAUUUGGUCUCUUGGCGCUACCUUGGAUUCGUCGAGCAAGCCCAAAUUUAAUAUUUUAUUCAGAGCUCUUUUAGAGAAGGAAUUUCCCGCUUCUGUUGCGAAACAGCUGGACAUACCGUUUACCAUAGCCAAACCGGAGAAACCGUAUAUCUUCAGUAUUCCGUCUGGCGGAACCGUAUUCGAUUACAGAUAUAUUAAGGAGGGUAAGGGAAAGUGGAGAUUGUGGUCCGACGAUCUAAUGACCGCUCCUCCGAUUCCCCGCGAUAUCCCGGUUAACCAAAUCAUCGUGACCACUAUUGAAACUAUCCGAAAUAUGGCCCUGAUGACGUUAUUGGUACAGCAUCGGAAGCCGAUGAUGAUUGUCGGUCCAACCGGUACAGGAAAGUCGGUGUAUGUGAUUGAAUUUCUGCUGAAGAAAAACAAAAAGACCUUCAUCCCGUUGUUUAUCAAUUUCUCCGCCCAAACAUCUGCCAAUCAGACACAAAACAUUAUAAUGAGCAAAUUGGAUAAACGAAGAAAAGGAGUAUUCGGGCCACCCGUUGGAAAAAACUACGUAAUCUUUGUGGAUGACGUUAGCAUGCCACUUAAAGAAACUUACGGGGCUCAGCCCCCAAUUGAGCUUUUAAGGCAAUGGUUCGAUCACCAAAUGUGGUACGACCUAAAGGACAUUGUCCAGAUGAAGUUAAUCGAUAUACAGUUUAUGUGCGCCAUGGGACCACCAAGCGGAGGUAAUACGGUAACCCCCAGAUUUGCAAGGCAUUUCAACCACGUCUGUAUUGACGAGUUCGACGAUGCCGUUAUGGUUAACAUUUUCAGCAAAAUUAUGCUUUGGCAUUUAGAUACGAGAGGAUUCUCUAAAGAAUUUGAUCCGUGCAUAGACGAAAUAGUAACGGCAACGCUAAUGGUAUACAAGUCGAGUAGAAAGAAUUUGCUACCGACACCAGCAAAGUCGCAUUACUUAUUUAAUUUAAGAGACUUCUCUCGUGUUAUUCAGGGUGUUUUGCUGUCGGUUCCAGAGGCGAUAGAGGAUCUGUUAUCGAUGAAAAGGUUGUGGGUGCAUGAGGUCCUGAGAGUUUAUUACGAUAGGCUCGUGGACGACGCGGACAGAGCUUGGAUCUUUGAAAUGCUGCACGAGGUCUGCACCACGUACUUAAAUGAAGACAUGGAUCUUAUGUUUGAACGUCUCGCCUUGCCAAACAGAAGCUACAUUGGCGAAGGAGAACUCAGACAACUGGUUUAUUGUGAUUUCGCCAAUCCCAAAGCCGAUACGCGCAAUUAUGCAGAAGUUUUGGACUUGAAUCAACUACGCGAAAUAGUCGAAGGAUAUUUGGCAGAGUUUAACAAUAUGUCUAAGAAGCCAAUGAAUCUUGUAUUAUUUAGGUUCGCAAUUGAGCACUUGUCUAAAAUUUGUCGAGUGGUCAAGCAACCCAGAAGCCACUGUUUACUGGUUGGAGUAGGAGGGUCUGGUAGGCAAUCGUUGACUAGGCUCUCAACUCAUAUCGCCGAAUACGAACUGUUUCAAGUGGAAAUUACAAAAACAUAUGGCGCAGUCGAAUGGCGCGAAGAUGUAAAAAUUAUCUUAAGGAAAUCUAGCGCAAGUGAUCAGCAUGGAGUGUUGAUGUUCUCAGAUGCUCAGAUAAAAGAAGAAUCGUUUCUAGAGGAUUUGAGUAAUCUACUGAAUUCGGGAGAAGUGCCCAAUUUGUUCUCGACGGAAGAAAAGAUGGAGUUAUGCGAGAAAAUGCGACAAAUAGAUCGACAAAGGGACAAAUCGGUACAAACGGACGGAAGUGCGGCUGCUUUGUUUAAUUUGUUCGUGCAAAUUGUGAGAGAGCAGCUGCACGUUGUGUUGGUGAUGAGUCCUAUUGGUGACGGCUUUAGGAACAGAAUUCGGAAAUUUCCGGCGAUCGUAAAUUGUUGCACCAUAGAUUGGUUCCAGCCUUGGCCUGAAGAUGCUCUGUUGGCGGUAGCCACCAGAUUCUUAGGAGACAUUGAGUUGACAACCGACGAAAGAUCCGCCUGCAUCGAAAUGUGCCAGGCGUUCCACGUGAGUACCCAAGAUCUGUCCGCCGAAUUCUACUUAAGAUUGAAACGUCACAAUUACGUCACACCCACGUCAUACUUGGAACUAAUUAACACUUUUAAAGGAUUUCUAACGAAAAAACGGGAGGAGAUACUGAAAAUGAAAAGGCGGUAUGAGGUAGGCUUGGAAAAACUGGACUACGCCGGAGCGCAGGUGGCAAUCAUGCAGGAAAGUUUGGAAGCUCUACAGCCUCAGCUGGUGGUUGCGGCGGCUGCGGUGGGCGAGACGAUGAAGAAAGUGGUGGCCGAGUCGGCCGAGGCGUCUGAGGUUGAGAAAGUUGUUAUGGUCGACGAGGCGGUUGCAAACGAGCAGGCGAAAGCAGCCCAAGCCAUUAAGGACGAGUGUGACGCAAACCUUGCCGAGGCAAUGCCGAUUUUAGAAGCGGCUUUGGCGGCAUUAAAUACAUUGACGCCUGCGGAUAUAACUAUCGUAAAAACCAUGAAAAAUCCUCCAAAAGGAGUCAAACUGGUUAUGGAAGCUGUUUGCAUUGUUAAGGGUAUAAAACCGGAUAAAGUGCCUGCUCCUAGUGGAAUUGGUACCGUCGAAGACUACUGGGGGCCUUCCAAAAAACUAUUGGGCGACAUGAAAUUUUUGGAAAAUUUAAUCCUAUUUGACAAGGACAACAUUCCACCCGAAUACAUGAAGAAAUUGGCGAGCACCAUUUUAACCGACGAAAAUUUCGACCCGGACAAGGUCAAGUCAGCGUCCACCGCCGCGGAAGGUUUAUGCAAGUGGGUGAUAGCGAUUUCAAAGUAUGAUAAGGUGGCGAAAGUUGUAGCGCCCAAAAAACUUGCGCUGGCCAAGGCCGAAGGAGAGUUCCAAACCGCUAUGUCCGCAUUGGAGAUAAAGAGGAGCAUGCUGAGAGCUGCGCGAGAACGCGUUGCCAAACUGGAGGCGUUGUUAGACACGGAGAAGACCAAGUUCCAGCAAUUAAAUGAUGAAGCCGAACUUUGUGCUAAGAAGCUUCAAAGGGCUGAAGAGUUAAUCGGUGGUUUGGGCGGGGAGAAGACCCGGUGGUCAAACACGGCGAAGGAAUUAGGAGUUACCUACAUGCUGCUGACAGGAGACAUUUUAAUAAGUUCCGGCGUUGUAGCCUAUCUGGGACCAUUUACUUUACAAUUUCGAGUUUUGCAAAUUGAGGCUUGGGCAAAGCAUUUAAGCCAAUUGGGAAUUACUUGUUCAAAAGAUUUCCAAUUGACAGCAGUGUUAGGAGAACCAGUGGUAAUAAGACAGUGGAAUAUAUUUGGAUUGCCAACUGACUCGUUUAGUAUUGAUAAUGGAAUCAUUGUUGCAAAUUCGAGAAGAUGGCCGCUAUUGAUUGAUCCUCAGGGACAAGCCAAUAAGUGGAUUAGAAAUAUGGAAAAACAAAACAACUUAAUAGUUAUCCGUUUAAAUCAAUCCGACUACGUACGAAUGCUGGAGAACGCCAUUCAGUUUGGACAACCGGUCCUUCUCGAAAACGUAGGACAAGAACUGGAUCCGAUUUUAGAAUCCGUUUUAGGGAAGCAAACUUUCAAACAGGGCGGCGCGCUUUGCUUAAAACUGGGCGAUACAAUAAUCGAGUACAACCACUUGUUCAAGUUUUACAUCACCACCAAGCUUCGCAAUCCCCACUACCUACCCGAGGUUGCUGUAAAAGUCACUUUGGUUAACUUCAUGAUUACGAGCGUCGGACUAGAGGAUCAACUGCUCGGCAUUACCGUGGCUAAAGAAAGGCCCGACUUAGAGACCGAAAAGAAUCAAUUGAUUAUACAGGGCGCUCAAAAUAAGCGAAUGUUGAAAGAGAUCGAAGAUAAGAUUCUGGCAGUUCUGAGUGAGUCGCAAGGGAAUAUAUUGGAGGAUGAGACCGGUGUGCAGAUUUUGAGCUCUUCAAAGGUUCUGUCGAACGACAUUGCAGCGAAACAAGCCGUAGCAGAAGUGACCGAGAAGAAUAUCGAUAUGGCAAGGCUGGCAUAUACACCCAUUGCUGUUCAUUCCGCAAUAUUAUUUUUUACAAUUGCGGAUCUUGCGAAUAUUGACCCUAUGUAUCAGUACUCAUUGGUCUGGUUUAUGAAUUUAUUCCGCACUUGUAUAGACAACACUGAACGUGUUGAGGAUGUGGAACAGCGAUUGAAGGACUUAGAAAGUGCGUUCACAUAUUCGCUCUAUGUGAACAUAUGCAGAAGCUUGUUUGAGAAGGACAAACUUCUCUUUUCCUUGAUUUUGUCGAUAAACUUGCUCAAGAGUAUCAACGCCGUUGACAUUGGCGAGUGGAUGUUUUUACUUACUGGCGGUGUUGGGUUGGAUAAUCCAAAUAAAAAUCCCAGUAAUUGGUUGGUAACGAAGAGUUGGGACGAGCUGUGUCGUUUAGACAAUUAUCCCACGUUUUCGGGCAUUAAGGAUCACUUUUCGAAACACAUUACAGACUGGAGAGAAAUGUUUGAUCACCCCGAACCUCACAUGUUCCCAUUACCUAACCCUUGGGAUACGAAGCUGUCCCAGUUUCAAGCUUUGUUGGUCUUGCGGUGCAUCAGGCCCGACAAGAUAGUACCCGCGAUACAGAAGUUUGUCGAAGCACAACUGGGAAGACGAUACAUCGAACCACCGCCUUUUGAUUUAACAUCAUCUUACUACGAUUCGCACUGCUGCAUACCACUAAUAUUUAUUUUAACACCCGGAGCCGACCCGAUGGCGUUGCUGUUAAAAUUCGCCGACGAUCAAGGAUUUGGAACUUCGCGACUGUUCUCGUUGUCAUUAGGACAAGGACAGGGACCAAUUGCGAUUCGACUAAUUGAUGAUGGAAUUAGAAAUGGCACGUGGGUGGUUCUACAAAAUUGUCACCUCGCGAAGAGCUUCAUGCCAACGUUAGAAAGGAUUUGUGAAAGUUUUGCACCGGAUUCGACUAAUCCCGAUUUUCGUUUGUGGUUAACUUCGUACCCGGCGGACCAUUUUCCUGUCGUCAUUCUCCAAAACGGCGUAAAAAUGACUAACGAACCGCCAAAAGGUCUACGGGCAAAUAUAACAAGAUCAUACUUAAGUGAUCCCGUCUCGAACCCCGAUUGGUUCGAUGGUUGUCAGCAAGGGCCCGCUUUUAAGAAAUUAUUAUUCAGCUUAUGCUUUUUUCAUGCACUGAUUCAAGAAAGAAGAAGCUUCGGCCCUUUAGGUUGGAACAUACCUUACGAAUUUAACGAAACUGAUUUGCGAAUCAGCGUUAUGCAACUUCAAAUAUUCUUAAACCAAUAUGAAGAUAUUCAAUAUGACGCUAUAACUUACUUGACAGGCGAAUGUAAUUAUGGCGGUCGAGUUACGGACGAUUGGGAUAGAAGAUGCUUGAUGACGAUUUUAAGGCGUUUUUAUUGUCCUGCGUUGGUUGAGACACCGAAUUACCCUCUUGAUUCCACAGGGCGAUACUAUGCUCCCGAUCUCACCGAUUACGAUGAAUUUAUGAAUUAUACGAAAUCUCUUCCUCUGAUAACGCAUCCUGAAGUAUUUGGAAUGAAUGAAAAUGCCGACAUUGUAAAGGACCAGAAGGAAACGGAUUUACUAUUCUCAACUGUUCUGCUAACACAGGACCGAACCGAUUUGAAACUAUUGCGGGAUUUAAAAAUCCAGGAUGCACUUGCUAGUGGAGGGUCCGCCAAGUCUCCCGACGAAGUUGUCUUUGAUGUGGCCACUGACAUUCUAAAAAAACUACCUCCAAAUUUUGAUCGCGACGCAGCGAUGGAAAAAUACCCAACCGAAUACAUGCAAAGCAUGAACACAGUCUUGGUACAGGAGUUUGUAAGAUUCAACAAACUGCUGACGUGCAUUAGAAACAGCCUUGUUAAUGUAAAAAAAGCUAUAAAAGGUCAAAUUAUUAUGUCCGACGAUUUGGAGGAAGUUGUAACAAGCAUGUUGACAGGAAAAAUACCUAAAAUGUGGGCUAAAAAUUCGUAUCCAUCUUUAAAACCACUAGGAAGUUAUGUCCACGAUUUCUUGGCGCGAUUGGAAUUUUUACAGAAAUGGUACGACGAUGGUGCCCCUGUCACCUUUUGGUUGUCGGGAUUCUUCUUUACCCAAGCGUUCCUAACGGGAGCACAGCAAAACUUUGCCAGAAAGUACAAGAUCCCAAUUGACCUUCUUGCGUUUGACUACCAGAUAUUAAAACAAACCACAUUCAAAACACCGCCCGAAAACGGCGUGUACAUCUAUGGUUUAUACCUGGAAGGCGCUAGAUUUGAUUUGAAUACUAUGGUUUUGAGCGAAUCCUACCCCAAAGUACUGUACGAUACCAUGCCAUUCAUGUGGUUCAUUCCAUUGAAAAGGAGUGAUUUAGUUCCCAGAUUUUGUUACACCUCUCCCGUGUAUAAGACUUCCGAGCGAAGAGGUGUCUUGUCUACUACCGGACAUUCGACUAAUUUUGUGAUACCGAUCACGUUACCGACUCAGAAACCGCCAGAGCACUGGAUCAUGCGAGGCGUGGCUUUACUGUGCCAAUUAUCACAAUGACUUUACAUUUACAAAAGUAGUAUUUAUUAUUUUUAUAAU